AUGGCAUUGGACGACAAAACCGAGGAUGAGAAGACUGCUGCGGAUCAAUCUGAUAGAAGAAAGAAGAUGGAAGACCAGUCAAAACAUUCAAUGCACAAACAGAAUGCUGACAAUACAGAUGCUGCAAGAAAGGCUGCUGAUAGCAAAUUACAGGAAGCGAAUGACUUGACGGUCCAAGUUGACAAGGCACAGAAACAACUUGACACCGCAAAAGAUGACAAAGAUGGCAACGAAGCAAUGAAACAGAAAUACCAAGACGAACUGAAGAGUGUUAGAACUGAACUUGAUCAAGAAAAGAAAGACCACACUAAGACCCAAUUGAUUAAAGGAAAGUACGAGAAAGAUAUCGCUGAAAUCACAGUCAGAGCUGUAACUCUUGAGAAGAACGUCCAGAUGGCUGAAAAAGAGAAGUUCAAGACUAUGAGAGAUUAUAAGACUGCUUCUGAAGAAUUGAUGAGAACAAAGACGGAACACAACGAAAAACAAGACAAAUGCGACAAACUUGAAGACGAUAUGUCUGAGAUGAAGACUGAAUUGAAAGCCCUCGAACAAGCUGCAAAGACUUAUAAACAGUCGAAGAACACUUACGAGAAGAAAUUGACUGAGUUGAAUGAGCAACUUGAUCUUGAAAGAAUAACUGCCCAACAAGCUAAAACACAGAAGAAAAAAUACGCAGACAAAAUAGUUAAUAUUAUAUAUUGUCAAUUGUAA